CCAAACUUAUCCGCCCCACUCAUUGUCGCAAUGUCAGUACCACUACUGCCACCAACCCCUGUCCCAUGUUCUCCCGUACCUCCACUGCUAGCGCCUUGGUGCAUCACAAAGCUCGACAGGCCCAGCCAGUAGUAUUGCAGCUGAAGCAGAGGCAGCAGCAGCAACAGCAGCAGCAGCAGCAGCAGCAGCAAAAACAGCAAAAAGAACGGAAUCGGUCCAAUAGUAUGAAUAUUGAGGCAAUUAUUAUUGCAUCUGUGUAUAGUACUGAUAUUUCGAAUCGUGGGUUAAGUAUGUCUUCCACCAGGUUAAGCAGCAAGAGUACAACAUCAGUCAACACUGAUGUUUUCAAUACAGAUCAGAGCACAGCGUCAACAACAGCUUGUGACGUACAUCAUACAAGUGCACAUGAGUUAAGCAGAGGUGAUGUCUUGCGCUACCAUCCUAAUGCCAGGCCUGUUCCAGGUAUUGCCCUCAUCCAAGCAAGCAAGGAUUCAGCAGAUACAGAUGAAAUUGAGGGAUCUGAUUCAGAUGCAGCAUGGAGUGCUGAUUCUCGUGGUCGUGGUUGGUCUCAAACCCAACCAAGGGGAGCAGUAAAAACAGCAGGUACUGGUUACUCCACAACUCAGCAACCUCCCCUGCAGCGCUACAAUUGGCAACGCAGUGCAAGUUGUAAAGAGCUCCAUCAUGAUGAAAAUGACAGCCCUUAUAGUGAAAAGAAGGGUAUAAAUCCAGCUCCACCUAAGACUCUACCAGCUGCUAUCCCAGGCAGUUAUACAUUAGAGUCUACAAUUAGCAACAAAACAGACUCACCAGUGACAAGAUAUGAUGACAGCAGACGAUUGUGUUACAGUGUUGCUGGAAGCAAGACACCAUCUUUGGAUCGGAGUUCUGGUGAUAUGGUUGCUCCUGAUCAAAAAGUUUAUUCCAGUAGCUACCCAGGAACAACAUCAAGUUUGUCCACUGAGAGUGAAGAGGCUGCAAUGAUAGAAUCUGGCCAUGGAGGAAGUAUUAUUAUUCUGUCAAGUGAUCCUUGUGGCUCUCAGGAGGAACUUGCUUUAUCUCAUGAUGAUAUUUCACAUGGGUCAUAUGAACUGCUGGAGAAAGAACAUGAUGAUGAUAGAAGUGAUCACUCAAAAAAACAUAUGGGUACGCGUUCUUGCAGCCUAGAUUCUGGUGGUGAUGGUGAAAUAUUUAUCAUGGAUGAUGAGAUGGAAGAAGGAUAUGAGUCAGGGAAGGCUGGGUUUGGUAGUUCUGAAGGAGGUCCAGAUUGGUGUGAGUCCCUAUCUUCUAUGCAAAAACGGAAAAGCACUGGAGACUUAGCAUAUGAAAUGCCCAGGACAAGGCCUGAUUCAAUGAGACUUGAACCUAAAGAACAACAGCAGGGAGACAGCUUUGCUGUGUCUGGAAUGGAUGGCAAGAAACUUGUUGGGAGUGUUGUUCUUGAUCGCUGGGGAGACUAUAGGAUGAAAGUGACCGAUCCUGGAGUAAAAAGUCCCAUCCCACAAUUGCCCCUUGUUCCCUUUGACAGUAGUGACUUGCCAACAGGAUUUGAAAUGCCAUGCACCGGAGAGGAGAGUGAUCGCAAAUUUAAGCAAAUCAAAGAUUCAUUGAAACCUGCAGAAAAACAAGAAGAUGAAGAUCUGGCUCUUAUAAAGAAAUAUGAAAAUAAUAGAAAAGCUUUGGAUCGAUCAAGUAUUGACUUAGGAGAAAGUAAACACAAGGCAUUAGAUAUGAAAGGUCGACGUUCUCCUAGGAAGGAAUCAGAUGGUGAAUUUCAAGAAUCCACCCAGACAAGAACUCAAAUAGGUCGUACCAGGUCAGAUCCACAUCCUGGUAAAGGUCAGAACUUGGGGCGGUUGAGACGGCACAUGCUAAUGCAUCAGAAGUCAAUAGACUUGCCUGCAGAAACAGAAGCUAAAGUAGAAGUGAAAACAGAUUGUGUUUCUAGUAAAUCUGAUUCUUGCACAAAAGAUAAAGAUUCAGAGGACAAGCCAAAGUCAGACAUUCCAUACACUCUUCAUAAGAGGCAUGUUAUGAAUGGUACAGCACCAGAAACAGAAAAUAAAGGAAAAACCAAAGAGGUUAAAACUGAUGCUUCCAGACCUGGACCAGCUAAACCUAAACCUGCCCCUCCUCCUAGAAAAGAGGUUUCUAAAAUGACUUCUAAGGUAUCCCCUCCAGCACCUGUUAAGAAAGUGCCUUCAGAGGAAGAAGACGACCAAACGGUUCCUGGAAGUGUACCAAAAAGGAUUAAUGCUCAGAAGAAAACACCACCCAGCUUGCCUGAAAGAAAAUCUUCCACUCUUUCUUCCCAACCUAAAACAGCAGAUUUCAAACCACCUGGUGUUCAAUCUCCUCCACAUCAAAAAAGUCAGUGUCCUCAAGAUAAACAAUCUCCUACUGAAAAACGACAAGUAUCUGGAAAGCACUCUCCUCCAAUUAAGCCAUCUCCUGCUGGUAGACAUUCACCUCCUGAGAAAGCAACUCAUCCAGGAAAAUUGUCACCUCCUCAAAAACGCCCCGCUGCAGAGAAAAGUGCUCAGUCUCCUCCAGGCAAACCGCCUCUCUCAGGAAAAUGUGCAUCCCCCCCUGAAAAGCCAAAGGCAACCUCUGUAAGGCCUGCAUCUGAGAAGUCCUCAGCAGUGAAGUCUCCACCAUUAAAAAGUACACCUUCCACCUCAGUUAAAGGAGAUUCCGUUUCAAAAACCACUGGAAAAAAUAGUGCUGUAAAGAGUCCACCAUCUGUAAAAGCCAAUCCAGUGCCCAUAGCUUCAAAAAGUAAAGAAACAGAUAAUAGAACUGUUGUGAAGUCAAGUAUGGCAAGGCCAGUUGUUCUAGAACAACCAAUGGUUCCUGACAAAAAGGGGGAGAGUUCCCCAUCUUCUGACAUUGUAUCUCCUGUAAGUGGCACAACCACAAUAGAGGGAACAAAGAUUAGCCCUGUCAAAAGCCGAAUUUCAAGGGAAGGGGUAGCAGCACCACCUCUACCUAUUGUUAAAAAACGUGAAAGAUCUCCUGUUUUGUUUGGUAGACUUGGCUUGUCAGAGGGUUCUGCAUUUACCCCAGUCCGUGGUUAUUCUUCUCCUACAUCAGCUCGUCGUACAAAAUCAUUAGAUGCUCCAGUGGUAUCUGUUCAUUGUUUGCCUCCUGCAGACUCCUUCUCAAGCACGGAUGAUACAGUCGACAACAAUGGGGAAUCAAAAGGUGUAUCAGCAGCUAAACCCAGUCUAAUGAAAAAGUUAGCUCCAUUUUCUUCUGGAAAAGAUACAGAUUAUUUUCAGGAUCCAGAUGUUAUUAUGGAGGUUCCUGAUGAAGACCAGUCUCUGUCACCGGCAUGUGAUUCUUCAGCCCAAAACAUUUUUGAUUUGAAUAAUGUUGUUGAUGGACAAGUAUCUGCUUCGCUGACUGCUGAUCUGAGUCCUCUUCGACCAGAUUCACCGCAUCCUUUUGCUGAAGAAGUUGAUGUCAAGGAAGAGGAGCAGGAAAGUCAGAGAAGUCCAGUUCAGGACAUAGAACACCUGGAAAUCCCAGAAUGUCUCCCUGACCUCAGCCCUAUAGAUGAAAGUGCACCAAUAGAACCGGAGAAAGGCGAUGGUCCUUCAACUGAAGAUGAUGAUUGGGCAUCUGUGGAAGAAAAUCUAGCUGAUUUAGAUGAAGAUCAUUGUGAGUCAGCUCAAAAGGAAGUGAACACUCAUCAAGUAGAUGAAGCACCAUGUAUUGUACAGCCUUUAAGUACUAGUGUUACAUCCCUGACAGGGAACCGCAGGCAAUCUAUUCAGGUUCAACCCAUUCCACAAGAGUCUCUUGAGGAUCCACUGGAAUAUGCUCGUAGAAAAAUGUCUAUUGAAGGAAAGCCCAUCCCACAAGAUUCUCUUGAUGAUGUCUUCGACAGUAGCUCAAGUAAAAUGGGUGUAAAUAAUAAGGCAGGCCCAGUUGAAUUUGAGUUUAUUAGGAGAAAAAUGUCCAUUGAAGGCAAGCCUAUUCCUCUCGAUCUAGAAAUGGAUGUGCCAACAGCUCGAGCAAAACUACUUUCUACUCACAUGGAAACUUUAGAUCUUCCCUCUCCAGAUUUUCCAUCACCUGACCUACCAUCUCCUGAUCUUCCUCUUGUUGACUGUCAACCAUUUGAUGUGCCAUCCAUACCUGUUGCUGUAGAUGAUUAUGAGUCACCUGAUUACGCUUCACCAUAUGUGCAGUCACCAGACUACGCCUCACCAUAUAUGCAGUCCCCAGUGCAUCAGCCUCUGGAAAACGCAAGUGGGACACCAAUUCAAGAUCUCCCAGUCAUUGUGCAUUCUGACAAAGAUAUAGGAUGUGAGGAUAAAGACCUUUCUGUACAAUGUAAAGAGGAGGAUUAUGGAGAUGAUAACGUAUUUGAAGAUGACAUAUCUCAAGAUGACGAAGACCUGAGCAAAGAGUUUGAUUUAUCUGAAGAAUCUCUUAGUAAAACAGGAGAUACUGCUCACCACCUGCUGUCUCAAGAUUCUCAAGGGAAAGACAUUUCCGAUGAACCAACUUAUGUUGACCCAAUAACUUUAAAUACAGAUGAUGUUGAUGAGAAAACUUUGUCAGUGUCCCUUGAGAAAGAGCCUUUCAAACCAGAUCCAGUUAAACUAGAAGAGGAAGAAGAUGACAUACCACCAGCUAUUCCAGAAAAGCCACUGUGCUUGAGAAAGCCAUUUAUCGGUAAGAAACCUGAAAUAGGCAAAAAACCAAUUGUGCUAAGAAAGCUAGAGCCACAACAUCCAGAGCUGGAGAACCCACCUGAAACUCCAGCUAAAGACUACAUGACUGAUGAUAAGCCGUCAGUACCAAGUAAACCGACAAUUGCUAAGCCUGCAAGACUGAACAUUGUGAGGCAAAACUCGCAGGAAAAGUCAGAUGCAGAUGCUUUUUGUAAAGUUUCAGAAGAUAGAGGAUCAAACGAGAAGGUGAAAAUAUUUAUUCAAGGUGCUAGUACUGACAGGUCUCCUGAUAAACUGAAAGAGGAAUCUUUAUCCAGAUCCCGCCAUUCAUCUGAAGAUGCAUCUACCUCAUCAGGUGUACGUCAUGUUGGGGAAAAGUCAUCGACAUGGAGACCAUUCCUUUUAGAAAGCAGUGGGAGCUCCAGUCUUGAGGAAGGGCUCUUUCCACCUGAUGAUAGUGCUCAUGCUGGGGAUGAAGAUGAACCAUCAAGCACUUCUAACACACGGGAUGAUGAGGUGACAGAUAUACCAAGUGGAUUUGGAUAUCCCUGUAUGGGAUCUAGUCUAACUAUGUCUAGUGAUGUUAUGGGGGGAUAUCCAAGUGUUUAUGCUCUCUCUCGAACUCUAUCUCGCAUCAGUGAACGCAGCACAACAUCUGAACAGGAGAGGUCUGACCUGGAAGACAUAGAAGAUUCCACUAAGCCAUCAUCUCGCUCACCAUCCCUAGGUGACGAGUCCAUGAUGUCUAGUGACCAUCAGCCUAGUUUGUCAUCUGAUCCACCAUCCGGCACAUGUGAGUUAAUGCCAGAGGACGGUAAUUUUGAAGUAACUGCAAAAUCCUUGGGGACUCCAGAUGGUGCUGAUGCAUCUUGUACUCUUGUUCCUCCUCGAUUAGUUGUCCCUGCCACCUCUCGUUCUGCCAGUGAAGGUUUAAGUGAUUAUGAAUUUGGUGAACUGCCUGACAUACCAACUGACCCAACACCUCUCUCGAAAGAGGAUGCUACUCCAACUAUUGAGCAAAGAGAUUAUUUAGAUCCUCCAGGCAUAUCUCGGUAUGCCUCUAUGGAGUCUGGUCUUGACAAAAUACCUGGUAUGUCCCCAGUAACAGAAGAGGUGAUACCAGAAAUUGAGAGUGACCCAGAUAUUGAGUUUCAUGAGCUACCAGCCUUACCUGGGGAGAAUGGGGAAGAUCAUGAAGAGGCUUUGUCUCCAGAGGUUCUUGCAUCUGUCAUUCCUCCACCAAAGUUGUCCAAAGACAGCAGUCAAAGUGAUCUUCCGUCACCAGAGGACCCAGUCAAGAUAUUUGUUGAGGGAAAUAUACCAGAAGAACUGAGAGGUCACAUCCCACCGCCUCUGCUACCUUCAACUUCGGAAGAGAAUACUUGGCCUACCCCACCAUCGUCUUCACCUUUACCAGUUGCAUGCAAUGUUGAGACUUACAAUGCAGGUAAACCAGAAGAGGCCCGUAAGGUUACUGUGACAUCUUCCCUUGACUCUAAUGAUCCACCCGAUGAAUUUAGGGAAGAGCUGAGCCUUUCAGAUGAAACAGAAAAUCCUACAAUGCAGGAAGAAGAAGUAUUUGAUGAGCCAUUAACACCAUCAUCAAUGUCUUACGAAACCCUAGUAACUGUUCGCUCUAGAGACCCAUCUGCUCCUCGAGGGUCAACUGGAGAGGACACAUCUAUGGCAAUAUCAGAGUGGUCUAGCAGCACUAGUACAAUCAGACAGCAAUCAACAUUUCAGUCAGGGUCUUCACAGUCAGGGAAGUCAGCCCAUUCUGGACAGUCAAUGCAUUCGGCUCACUCUGCUCACUCUGGCCACUCAGCUCAUUCUGCAAACUCCAUUCAUUCUGCUCACUCCACUCAUUCUCUUCAUUCUGCGCACUCUACUCACUCAUUGUCUCAAGCAACCUCAUUCUCUCAACUUCAACAACUAUCUCAACUCUCUCAGUCACAAGCAACUCUACAUUCACAAAUCCAGGCUCAGUCUUUAGCCGAUCUGGCCAAAGGAGAUGAUACAUCUUUGGGAGCAUCAGUAUCAGAGAGUGCUCGUGCAAGUUCAGAUGAUGUAUUCCUUACUGAUUAUGGCAGUGCUUCAUCUUCUGAGCAACAAGACUGUGGACAGGCUGCUUACAUAUCGUCAACUUAUUUGAAGACAACACGAUCACAAUCAGAGCGGUCACAUCGAUCCAGCAAUUAUGAAACUUUUCAUGAAAAUUUGUAUGAUGAUGACCCCUUUAUAUCCCAAAACAUCUUGUCUCCUACUGAACGCCAGAUGAAAAAUGUUCCUACAUAUCCUAUUAGUCACAGCCCAACCGACGAAAUUGAUCGCUCAACACUGAGUCGUAAACGCCGUUCAAAGAAGGCCUCUUCAUAUGACACAUCUCCUAAAAGCCCAACUGCAUUUUCCAGUGAGCAAGGGUUUGAGAUUGAUCCAUAUGCUAAGCAAAGGAGUCGCAGCAUCCCCAUGAAGUCCAAGACCUAUUAUGGUAAUGUUGCAAGUCCAGUAUCCAGUGAUGAUGAAGAUAUUGCUGCAAGAAAACAGGCUGUAAGAAAAAGCCUGGAAAGAUCAAAGAGUUCUUCACGGAACAGGGCUCAUUCAAAAUCCAAAGAGCGUCAUAGCAGUCGAUCUGAUCGUUCAAGAUCAAGAGCACCCCAUCAUGCAAGAAGUCCCCCAAGUGACUACUCUUCAUCCUCAUCAGAUAAUGGUUCAGCUCAAAGAGCUUCUAAUACUAUUCCCAGAGUUUCUAGAAGACGGAAACAGUUUCUUUCAAGACGCCGAAGCAGAACAGCGGCUGAAGAGGCAAGGGAUGGUAGAUUGCAUGGCAUUUCCUCUGCUGUUUCAACUCCAUCAGUACUUGGUUAUGGUGAUCCUUCUGCUCAUCUAAGGCGACGUGAUCGCACUAGAGAAUCUUGUGGAGCAAAUGGAGGUGACAAAGCCAACGUUACCUCCAAACAAGGAGGGCUUUCUAAACAGUCAUCUGUUUAAGUUUUGAUUCUUGUAUCUCUCCUAGAUAUAUUAAAUUUCUAUUCCUUUGGGUAUGUGCAUGUAUUGUAGAUCACUAAGGAGUAGGAUUAUUUCUUUCUUUCACAUCAGUGUGAGUCACAUUCGAGGCACUGCCCUUGCAUACUGUGAUCCUUAUGCCUUUAUUGUCAUAUUAUCAGAUUAAGACAUUUUCCCCCCAGUCCUAUGUUUAUGUAAUAAGGCCCCCUUGUAUGUACAUUAUUCUUGAUUCAUGUGCUAGUCACUGUAAGAAAUGCUAGACUAAUAUGUCGUAUUUUUUAAAGACUGAAUUAUACACACACACUCUACACAGCUUGAGAAGGGUAUUACAGGUUUAAGCUGCAAUUUCCAAUGGUGCUUUCUUUACCAGUCUUGCAUGCAAAAUGAAAUCAGAAAGAAUUUGUUUUGUGUUGUUUUACUUUGUAUCACCAAAUGAUAGCUAUAGUACUUAACUAUUAUUAUACAAUGUCUACACUACUUAACUGUUAUAACCAAAGGCAAGUCCUUUGAAAAUUAAAAUUAUCUAUUGUUGAUGUUAUUGUUUAUCCACUCAACUUAAUAAUGUUUAUCAAACUUUUAAAAGUCUUCUGUUUAUGUAAAGAGAUGAAUGAUAGGUUGCCAUAAUGUACCUGGAGCUGUGAGGACUGAAUUUCACUACUAGUCAACAUGUUUCUUUUAAUGGUGGAGAACGAAUGAAGAAUUAGAUUUAAUUAUGGUACUUGUGACUUGUCACAAAACCUUUGAUCUAAGUCAUAUUAGUAUUUUUAUUGCCAGAGAUCUCUUUCUCUUUAAUUAACGCUCUCUCUCUCUCUUUCCCAUUUCUUUCUUUCUUCAUCCUGGUUUACAAUAUAAUGCUUUUAUUUUCCACUGGAAUCAUAUUGAGCACACUAAGUGCAGUUUUGUUAAGGAAGUGUUGCAAGAAUUGGUGUUAAAUGAAGCAGUCCAUGUAAACUGAUUGAGCUACAAUGAAAAUGACGUGCAGCGCAUAGUACAACACACUUGUUCAAGAAUGUUGCAUCAUGCAAAGCACUAUGUUAAAGCAGAGAUAAAAAUUUCUACAGUUUAGGACUCAAUAAUGUGACCUUUGGAAAAAUUAUGAAAUACUACUUUCAAACUACUUUGAAUAAAAUUUAACUUGGUUGUUACGCAAGAGCAUUUUGGAAAAUGUGGAAAGCUAAUUGUGUUAUGAUUAAAAUAGAAUAUGUAUUCUAGAGUUACCUAACUCCACUGGGCUUGGAUAAUCUUGAGCUGUUGAAUAUUUACUUAUGUAAUUUCAUCCACCAUUUAGAGUAAGAUUACAGCCAUAAGCUUUUGCUCAAUAGGCUAGAUCAUUCCAAUUCCAAUGAAUAUUUUCCAAACUUGUGCUGCUUUAACGUCUCUCCAAGGCAAAAACUUGAUCUGAAGCAAGAAUAAUUGGAUAUGAUAUACAUGUAUCUCUGAGCACAGGAAAAACUCCAAAUCUAUCUCUAGAUAUCUGUUUCUGACAAUUGCAUCUCUUUCGUUGACAAAUUUUCAGGACCAAUAUAGUGAAACAGCAGUACUUAAUAUGAAAAAUAGUUUUUUUUGGUUAAUAAACCAUCUUAGUUUGUUAGUAGAGUUGAUUAAAUGCCUUUCAUUUACAUUAAUUGCAAUGAUUGAAGGGACUCAAAUUUUAAUGCAAGCUAGCAUCAAGUGACCCAUGUCUUAACCCAUCUAACAAGGAAUAUGAUGUGCAGUUCAGCUCAAUGACCUCCAAUAAUACCUUAUCAUAUAUUGUUGAUUUAUAUCUUUUAAACUAAGACACCCAGUACAGUACCUACAUAUAUUGUAAUUAUUGUAAUUUUUGCUUAUUUUUGGCAGUUAACUUGAUGUCUUAUCUCCAUAGAUUGUUUUUUGUAUUUAUCGCGAGAAUGCCCCGUUUGUCCGACAAGUUAUUUGUCCGACAGUCGUAUCUAAGCAAAUAAAUUAAGUAAGUGAGGUAUUACAACAACAGGCAAAGGGCUCGUUUCACUUGUCCGACAGCCGGAGUUGCUUUUUAAACUUGAAUAGCGCUAAAUUACUAGAUCAAGUAGUUGCUGGAGUAGGGUUCAGUUUCUGGAACUACAUUAAUUUUUUACAGUAAGUAUGGGUUAUUACAAUAACUCGGAGUUUUUCAAAUAACUUUCGCUGGCGCGCCCGGCGCCGUUCCCGGGCGGCCGAGCCACGGCUCGGCCCGAGGCCCGAACGCUGAGCCGAGUAUAGCCGAAAGGCUUCCCGGGAACGGCGCCGGGCGCUAGCCUGGCCCAAAUUUUUUUCGAAAACUCCAUCGGUGGGUUUUUUGAAAGGUAAUACGAUGCUGAU